AUGGCUCUGUCAAAAAUCCUCAGUGAAGAUUUCCUGACAUGCAUCAUUUGCAGGGAAAGGUAUGAAGAACCUAAAAUACUUCCUUGCGUCCACAGUUUCUGUAAGAAGUGUCUUGAGGAGCACGUGAAGGUCAAACUCGACCGAAAACGCCGUUUCCCAUGCCCCAUGUGUAGAAGGGAAUGCAAGCUACCAGAAAAAGGGGCGGAGAAUUUGGAGAAAAGCCGUCUUCUUGCUAACCUCGCUGAGGUAGUCAACAAGGUAGACGAAGCGAAGACGCAAGAUAAAUGCGAGACGUGCGCCCUCAAAGAGCCCCCUGUAGAUGCAGAUGCAACAAAAAGAUGCUUGAAAUGUGAUGACAACAUGUGUGACGUCUGCAGUGCAGAACACCGACGACACGGUGCAUGUCGCGACCACCAGUUAAUCCCAUUGGGCGAACUCAGUGAUGAAACAUACGCCAGUGAACUUCGCUCUCGACAACAGAUUCUGUGUAACCAUGACAACAAGACCCCGGCAGAAGUAUUCUGUUGUGCCUGCGAAAUGUUCAUAUGUGGAACAUGCGUUUGUCUUGAACACAAAGAUCACGCUUGCAAGUACAUACCAUCAGCUGCUAAAGGCGGAAGGGAAAGCUUAGCCAACGCCCAAGAAGAGAUUGGUCAGCAAGAAAGAAGAGUAACAAGUCUUCUUUCAAUCAUGAAGGAACGCAAGAUGGGUUUAUAUCGUCACAGCGAGAAACUCAAGGAAUCUAUUAGCAAUCGUGAGGAAGAAGUUAUUGCGUUGGUUAGAAUCAGUGGGGAUCGAAUGCGUAAAGAAGUGGACGAAGCCAUGAUCCAAGAAAAGGAAGUUCUAGACCCCAUGGAAAAAGAACUAGAAUUGAUCCAGGGAUGUUUUGUGAGCUUCAAAGAAUUCACCAACGCCUUGAUUAUUCAUGGUUCCGACCCUGAGGUCUUGCAGAUCAUGGCAAACUGCCUGAGACGCGGCAAGGAAUUAACGGAGAUGAAUUUACCGAGCAUUCCAUCCACCAUAAGGCUAACCCUAGAUGUCAAGCAUGUCAACAAUAUGUCAACUGUACUUCGUCAGUGUAUGGGUGAGUUGCGACAUGCCAUGGACAAGGAACUGUUGUGGUCAUUCUGCGUAGACCUAAAUAGUGAUCCUCCGGAAACACUAUCGCAUGUAGCUGUAGAUGCUGAAGGGCGCGUAUUUGUUGGUGUGUGGUGUAACAAGGAUACGAAGAGGAACAAGGUCAAUGUAUACGACGUUGGCAGGCGAUUGAUGGCGACUAUAACAAACCCUGAGUUGACGGGAGGCAGUCUCGCUGGCAUUGCAUUCGACCAAGAUGGAAACGUUGUUGUUCGGUCGCAGUCAGAUAACUUGGUGAUGAUCUACAGCAGGGAAGGCAAACUCCAAUCUGAUUUCCACAGUCAACAGCCGCACGCAGUGUCAGUGAACAGCAAGGGCGAGUACGUCAUUGCUGGAAGGGAAGCAAUAUACAUACACGACAAGGAUGGGGUGGUUGCUCAUAGUUUUCCUGAUCCACUGCAAGGUAAUGCUUUCAAACAUGUUGCAGUCAGCGUUACAGGUGAUAUCCUCGUGUCACAUCCCGGUGCCCACAAAGUACUCGCCUACAACCCGGUAUCCGGUGUGCUGAAGUUCACGUACGAAGCCAACGGUUGUGGUGAUGGUCACGUGAACGUACCAAAGGGAAUGUGCUGCUUGGCAAACGGUGAUAUCAUAUUGGCUGAUGACGGAAACCAUCGUCUCCAUCUUCUUUCUCCGGAUGGUGUGUUUAAGAAGUUUCUUCUUACCAAAGAAGACGAGCUGAAAUCCCCACAGGAUGUUGCCCUCAACCCUGAUGGAAAGGUUGUCGUUGUCGAAGAGAGAGGGGCUGUAAAGUGUUUUGCCUUUCUAGAUUAA